CCGCGUUUAACCGACAAGAACCGACCCACCCCCGGAAACCCGCAUGGCUAAUGGCACGAGACUCUGGAGGGGAAAGGGGAAUGAGCAAUGAGUUCCGAAGUUGAAUUGGUUGUGUGCCCCCUCCUUCUUACAUAGCUCACCUCGUUCCCGUUGUCCCUGCUUGCGCUAGUCUAGCUAGACCUCUAGUUAGUAUCUAUCGACUCGCUCGACCUCAAGCGCGAGUGCAAAAUGUCAGAAACUUCGGGAGAGGUGGCCUGGUCGUCUCUGCCGAACAAAGGUCAACUAUUCAUUAUUGUUCUUGCCCGUUUUUCUGAACCGGUCGUACGAACUUCCAUUUCGACAUACGUAUUCUAUCAACUACAAUCGCUUGACCCGUCAAGACCAACCGAUGCCAUCGUUCGCGAUGCCGCUAUGCUUCAGACAGUAUUUACUCUCGCCCAAGGUUGUACUGCAGUUCUAUGGGGCCACUUGGCCGACUCCUCAAGGGGAGGUAGGAAAAUGGUGCUACUAAUCAGCCUGGGAGGGUCAUUUUUGGGAACGACAGCAUUCGGUUUUGUCCGCACUUUUCGCCAGGCCGUAAUCCUCCGCCUACUGGAAGGUGCCGUCAAUGGGAAUACCGCUAUGAUUAGGACAAUGGUGUCCGAGAUUGUUAAGGAACGUCGUUACCAAGCCAAAGCAUUUGUUCUCAUGCCCUUGGCUUAUAAUAUUGCCGCUAUCGUAAGUCCUAUGGUUGCUGGGCUACUGGCUGACCUUGCAGGCCAGUACCCUCAAUCUUUUGGUCAAAUAUCUUUCUUCCGCCAAUUCCCUUAUGCUCCACCAGCUAUUGCCAGUGCUUUGGUCACAUUAACCGCGUUUUUAUUAGUGUUCUUCAAAUUAAAGGAGACGCAUUCGAUAGCUCGUCAUAAAUAUGAUUUAGGACUCGACAUUUCAGCUAGAAUCGCAUCUUUAUUCACGGUCUGGAGAAAAGAUUCCCACCAGCAGCCUUAUUCCGUAGUCGCGCAAGAAGAAGCGAAUGAAGAAAGAGAUCAGUUCUUGAGUCAAGAGGAAGAGAUCGAAAUGAGUACUCCCUCGCGUAACCACGAAGUCGAAAAGCGGAAACUCCCUCUACGCCAGAUAUUUACCCGCAAUCUCUGUCUCACUCUGAUAGCACAUGGAAUCAUGGAAGGUCACGUUGCAGUCUAUAACACACUAUGGCCCAGCUUUCUCAGCGACCCGGUAGCAGACCCAGAAAAGGACCAUAUUCGACUUCCUUUUCGUUUCGUCGGUGGCCUUGGGCUGCCAGCAAAGAAGAUUGCAAUUUCAUUGGCUUAUGCCGGAAUACUCGGAAUCCCAUUGCAGAUUUUUGGUUACUCCCGAGUUGUGAAGCGAUUAGGGAUGAUGAGAACGUGGCGCGUCUUCAUGAGAGGCUUUCCACUGGUUUAUCUCUUUAUUCCUUACCUUUCUAUCAUCCCAUCGAGUUCCUCGAGACCUGCUCCUCGGGAGGGCCCCUUCGUUUGGAUAGCAAUUUUUGUUGCACAAACGCUGAUGAUGUGCAGCGCAUCAUUCGUCGUACCUUCACAGAUCGUACUAACUAAUAAUUCGUCGCCGCACCCCUCGGCAUUAGGAAGAACCCACAGCAUAGCUGAAAUGAUAUGCAGUUUCACACGCACAGUCAGCCCUGUUGCAGCGGGCUUGUUCUAUUCGUACGGGUCGGCGCACGGGGUUACCGGUCUACCUUGGUGGAUAAUGAGCGGCGUGACUCUUUUUGCGUGUGUUUUGAGCUAUUAUGUAUAUGAGGGUGACGGGCACGAGAUAAAACUAGAAACAGAUGAGGAGUGAUGUGGCAGGGUCAGAAUCUUACCAACGGUAUGAGGUUCUUCAAAGUCUAUCAUCAAGUCUAGGCUACCAAUCUUGGCAACCUUGCUUUCUACACAACUAGUCCUACGUGUUAAGAUUCAUGGGAUGAGACCAUUAAGUAAGUACCUGCCUAGUAGACAUGGCCCAUUAGUUAGGUAUAGAUAUCAACACAGCAUCCUACCUAUCUAGGUAGGUACUAGACAUGCAGUCUGGCGUAUCAUCCUUACGGCAGCUGUAAGGACCUUCACCAAAAGCGUAUAAGACUUUAUGGCGUCUAAGAUAAUCAAAUCCUUACUAGGUAAGUUACCUAUGUAAUAUCUAUGUGCAGAGUACCUAGAUAGAGGUAC